AUGCGCCCUCGAAGGAAACCACACCGCCGGGUAACGAGAUGGUGCCCCCCUGCCACUGAGUCUAUUCAGAAACCUCCGCCGGAAGCAGGGCCAAGCAUUGUUCCCCCUGUGGCAGAGAAAGGCAAAGGCCCCCUCGAGGGAGAGGCGAUAAUCUUGCCCCCUCAACUGUUCGAGGGAGGCCCGUCUGUGGCAGUACACACCUUCAGCGACCCACCGUCUAUCGUGUGUCCUGUCCUUGAGGAAUUUGCUGCCCAGCUGAAUGAAGUCGACAGUCUGAGACUGAUAAGUGCGGCCUCGAUGGCCUAUCUAGUGCAGCUGAGGAAACUCCGAGAAGAUCUGGCCACAGCUCGGGCGGAAAGGGAUGAAGCUUUGUUUGAGGUGGUGAUUCUCGAGGAGAAGGCCCGCCAAGUUCAAGCCAAGGAGGCGGAGAUUUCCAUGGUGCAAGCUAAGUAUGACGAGCUAGAUGAGAAGAUGAAGUCCUUCGCUAGCUUGCACAUCUCGAAGGAGGAACUGCACCUGUGGUGCAUUGCAUUCAUGUAUAAGAUGCUGUCUACGGGAGGGAUGGCUACGGUACUCGAGGAGAUGAACUUGGUUGCUACAAAGCGCGGAGCGCAUCGAGUCGGCGUGGCAGGUUUGAGGAGGCUCGACCAGGACAGGCCGAUCAAAGCUAAAUGGUUCAAGCAGCUCCUAAUGAAUGACCCGAAGAAAACCAUGCACGAGGCCAUGGUGAAGGUCCUAACAAAGUUGAGCCUCGAGCAGCUACCUCUGUGGGAGGCUCUGACUGGUGCCCUCCCGAAAAUGAGUUCUCCGGUGGACAUUGCCUCAUUCCCUGGCGACGUUCCUGCUAUCCUAGCCAAGGGUCCAAGCGAGGAAGAUCACAUACCUGACGUACCAGACGAGUACAUGGGUAUCGAGCUCGAGGAUGCCGACGAAGCCACUGAGGAGGACGUUGCUGAUACUGGCCAUUCUGGAGUCCAGAGAACUGUCGAGGAUGCCUCCCAGGACCCUUCCAAGGAUUCCCCUCCAGGCAGUGAUGUUGUAUGA